AUUUGCCCCCUCCCCUCUCUCUUUUUUCUCAUAUCUAAAAAUCAUUUUCCCCUGCCCCUUCUCUUCCCAUUUCCACAUCUCCAAUCUAACACUACAAUUUUACAUACAAUUACUUACCAUAUUUGGAUAUUUCUUCUCUUUACUCGACGCCGCUCGCUCUCUCGCUCUCUCUCCAACAAGAACAUCUCUUGCAUACAUUUGGAAUGGUUUGUUCACCAAUUCAUCUCUUUCUUUGUUCUGUUUUCUCUUGUUUUGACAAUAUCUACACUUGAAAUUCAAACCAUUUUUUGUUUUUCUUUUUUACCAAAUUAAGAUUUUCUAAAAUUGGUUUUCAUUGAUUCGGCAAACCAUUUCCAAAUCCUGCUCGUAGCAGGAGGUUUACUGCACCAGACUGGCCUUUUUUGGCAAGCCAUUUCCAAUUAUAUUAAAGAGUUUUUGAGUUUUUUUUCACUCUGAACUCAAGAGAGCGAGCGGCGAAUUGUGAGUAUUCUUGCAAUGGCUGCACCAGAGGACAGUGGCAAAUCCAUGAUGGCAAUGGCGGAAGAACAUAUUGAUUUUGAUGACAACACCUUUGAAAGACAACAAAGGAGGCCAGUUUUUGAAGAAGCUUCCAUGUCUAAUAGGCGUUUCAAGAAAAUCAAGAGUCCCGAACGCCACGCCUAUUCUCAAUCCUCUGUUCCGCAAUCGCCUUCUCAAUCUUCCGUUACUUAUAACAAUCCAACUUCCAUGGCAUUUCCUCCUCCUCCAUCAUCGUCAAGGCUCGUCUUCCCUUUUGCUUAUGACGGGACACAGCAGUCCAACGCGACGCCUAUGUUUCACCCACAGCAACAAAAUCAGCAGCAAAUGAUCUCAUUUUCGCCUCCACAAUGUCUUUACCCUCCGUAUUUCGCAGGAGAGUUAGGACCAUCGCAGAAUCAGCAGCAACUUUUGCAGUAUUGGAACGAAACGUUGAAUUUAAGUCCGAGGGGAAGAAUGAUGAUGAUGAGCAGAUUGGGGCAGGAUAGCAGGGGAUAUUUUAGGCCUCAGCAGUUACAGGUACAGCCUAUUUCCGCGACGAAGUUAUACAGAGGAGUGAGGCAGAGACAUUGGGGAAAAUGGGUAGCUGAAAUUCGUCUUCCUAAAAACAGGACGCGUCUUUGGUUAGGUACUUUUGACACAGCCGAAGAUGCAGCCAUGGCUUAUGACCGCGAGGCAUAUAAGCUAAGAGGAGACAAUGCUAAGCUCAAUUUCCCCGAACUCUUUAUUGGUAAAGACAGAGGAGAAGCAUCUACAGCAACUAACUCAUCUCCGUCUUCUCCAAUUACCCCUCAUGAAUCUUCACUGCCUCAGCAAAUUUCCGAAAGUGUUGAAUUACAACCUAUAAACAAUGAACUACUGCCUCCGCCUCUGCCCCCACCCCCACAGCCACCACCAGAAGGUGAUAACCACGACGAGGAGUCAGCAAUUGGAUCUAGUGAGGUCACUACUAGUGAGAAUCUCGAGAGUUUCGGUGUGAUAGAAGGUUCUGCGUCGUCGUCACAAUCAUCUGAAUUAGUAUGGGGUGAUAUGGCUGAGGCUUGGUUCAAUGCAAUACCAGCAGGUUGGGGUCCAGGUAGUCCAGUUUGGGAUGAUUUGGACGCGAAUAAUAACCUCAUGUUUCCACCUAGUCUUCAUUUUGGGAAUUUCCAUCAGCCGGAGCCUCAUAAUCCUGAUCCUCAUCAGCAUCAUGAUAAUACUAAUAGAGAUCCAUCUUCACCUUCAUGUCCCAUGAGGCCUUUCUUUUAGGUUCAACUUUUCUCAUACAUUUGUCCCAUUACGAUUUAGGGUGUUGCAUACCAUUUCAAGAUUAGGAAACAGACUCUGACUCUUAUGGUCUGGCCCUUCCCCGGAUCCUAUGUGCAUAGCGGGAGCUUAGUGCACUAGGAUGUCUUUUAUACCAUUUCAGGAUUCACAGUUCCCUUUGGCCAUAGGAGAUUCUUUUUAGAUAAUCUCCGUGGAUUCAUUCACCGAUUGAAUCUUUCUGGCCAGGCACGUGAGUUCAUAUACCAUCUUCAUUCAUCUCUUUUCUCACUCAUUGCAGUUUUUAUCCUGCAAUAGGAGAGCCCUUUCUUUGGACCCUCUUCCUCUUCAUCCACCCUACUUUUGUCAUAUCUGCAAUGGCUGCAUAUUUAAAGCCUUCUCUUGCAGUGACAACUUCCUAUUUUUACUUGUUUACUAGUAUUUUCAUACAUAUGUAUCACAUUUAGUGAGACCAUAUGCUAGUAGAGUUGGUGUCCUUAUAUUUUUCUCAUAUGCAGUAGUUAAAUUGUCCUAGCAUAAACGUCGAGGGAGACAGUUUUAUGAUCUACUCUUGAUUGUCCCUCCAUCACGAGCUCAUUUUUUAUUCGCGAGGAUGGAGGAAGUUGAAGUGUAGUCUGUAUAUGUAUUGAUCUUCACUUCAGAUUAUAUGUUGUAAUUUGUUUGUUGUUU